AUGGCAGGUGCCUCAACUCCUACUACUUCUGACGAAGACGCCGACCUGUCUCGCCUAGGGCUCCAGUCGCUGGCGAAACGAGACAUUGGGCCUUUGGCUAUCGUUGGAUUGGGAUGGAACAUUUGCAACAGCUGGUCCGCAAUUGCAGCCACGCUCGUGAUUUCAAUCAGCUCUGGAGGGCCCGUCACCCUGCUCUAUGGCAUCGUCCUCAUUUUCGUGUUAGGAGGCGCAUGUGCAUUGAGCAUGGCUGAGAUCGCAUCCGUCUAUCCUACCGCCGGGGGACAAUACCACUGGACAAGCAUCCUAACACCCAGACGGUACAGCCGUGGACUGAGCUAUUGUUGCGGCAGUAUCAACUUCCUAGGUUGGAUUGCCAAUGGAGCGGGCUUCAUCAUUCAAAUGCCGGUCAUCAUUCUUUCGCUCGCAUCGUACCUCGAUCCGACGUAUAUCCCAGAAACAUGGCAUAUCUUUCUAGUCUUCCAAGCAUUCAAUAUCGCGUUUACAGCGUACAACAUUUUCCUGAUGAAAAGGACAGCUUGGAGUGGUUGGUCUUCAAAGGGCAUAGUCUUUCUGACCGGUCUACUCAACCCUAACUUCAUCUACUCCGGCCUCGAUGGCGCCAUACACUUGGCCGAGGAAUGCACCAAUGCUUCAUCUGCAAUACCGAAAGCACUUAUAUCGACGAUAACUAUCGGGUUUGUUUCGGCUUUUACGUUCAGCGUAGCUAUGCUGUACAGCUUCACAGAUCUUGAGCCUGUGCUCUCAUCACCGCUGCCUAUUCUCGAGAUUUGGUCGCAAGCAACUGGAUCCAGCGCAGCAGCAACGACGUUCGUGAUUGUACUGUCUUCUUGCGGAUGCUUCGCUUGUACGGGAGCACUCCAGACGGCCAGUCGACUCACUUGGGCAUUUGCUCGUGACAAUGCCAUUGUAUUCUCCCCAUUCCUUUGCAAGAUCCACCCUGAAAUGGGCGUGCCAGUCAACGCACUUCUUGUCAACUGGGCACUCAUCUUCGCUCUCGGUUGUAUAUUUCUAGCGUCUUCGACGGCUUUCAAUGCUCUUGUAGCUACCGGUCUAAUUCUCCAGCAAGUGAGCUUUGCCUUUCCAGCCGCCCUAGCUCUAUAUCAUCGGUCACAAGGAGGGACGGCUUUCCGUCGAGUACUGCCGCGGCGAAAGUUCAGCAUGCCGCCCCUCAUUGGUGCCGCUGCCAACAUUCUGACGAUUGUCUUGGGACUAUUGGCGCUGGUGUUCUAUGACUUUCCCGUUGUGAUGCCUGUCUCGGCUUCAAACAUGAAUUAUGCUUGCGUGGUUCUCGGGGUCAUGGGUCUAUUUUCUGUCGCGAAUUGGUUUGGGUACGCGAACAAGAGAUAUAGAGGGCCUAGACUCAACUCAGUGUACUAG